CCUUGAGGGUUUUUGGCUGUUUAUUUGAAAUUGGGUGGCAAUCGAAAUCAGUGUUAAAAUGUUUUAAACUCUGUCAUUUAAAAGCAAUUUAAUUAGUUUAUAAUGAUAACUGUAUAAUUAUCGCAAAAAUUGAGAAAAUAUACAAAGUUUCACAUUUUCGCGGUUUUUAUACAAAUAAACAGUCUUGUCUUGUAGGAAUCACACUCACUGUAUGCUUCCUAUUGAAAUAUCUUUUGUUUACAUUUUGUGUGUUAAAAUUUUAUAUUUAAUUUAUUUAGUUAAUUAUUUUUCUCGGUGUUUUGAUGGCUUAAAUAGGUUAAAUGUGUGUUACACGUAAUCACAUCAUAUGGUUGUGACAUGAUGGUAUCUAUUUGAUACAGUAUCAGUUUGUAAAAAUUUGAUUCCUUGGUCAAAUUAUAUCAACCGUUCUUGCUAGUUUACUGGGGAACCAAUAUCAAAAGUGAUUAUCGGAGUGCCUGAAAAAAUGGAAGGAAAGAAAAUCAGUUUUAGCUUCAAGAAAAAGGCUGAUACACGAGGAUUUGUCAAGCCUGAAGAAAAGCCUAGUAAAGUACCUGGUGAAGAAUACAUCACUGGUAUUGAAGAUAAAAGGAUCGAAAGUCAAGGAGGAGGUGGUGGAAGCACAUCUUCAUUGGUAAUACCACUGACUAAAGGACAGAAAAUUUCUGACGAAGAGCCUACAGUAGAUAAUUAUCAAGAGAUUCCUGUUGAGGGAUUCGGAUUAGCAAUGCUGCGUGGAAUGGGAUGGACUGAGAAUGAUGAAAAAAUCAAACCCAUUGAAACGUACAUCAGACCGAAAGGAGCUGGUUUAGGUCACAAAUUGAGUGAAAAAUAAUAUCAAAUGUUUCCAUUACCAUGAUGUUCAUUGGAAGUCAUUGAAAGUCAUAUUUUUACAAAUAAUGUUCCUAUUUUUCUUUAGUCAGAGAGAAAUCAAACGAUUGUGAUUAAUUUUCAAUUUCCGCAAAUAACACAUUCAAGAAUGAAGGUUAUAGAACUUUAAUACCAAAUGGACUUUGAAAGUAAGUCCUUAAAGUUAUCAUAAAUGUAUAAUAAGAAUAGAUGAUGAUAAUAAAAACGAUAACGACAAAAAUGA